CUAUACUGGAACGCGCCUGCUCGCACAAUACAGCUCGGGGGCGCUGCAGCUGUGUCCCACUGUCGACGGUAAAACCAGUUGGCCGUUACUCGGGCAGUCGGCGAUGAGAAAGAAGACUCGUAUCUCUGUUGGAAGUGUCGGUCGGAGAACAAUUCUGCAGCUCUCUCCACCCGGGCUACGUGGUGGAAACACCGACGAGAGAGACGAGGCCCUCUCGGGAUCGGAUGAUGAGAAGGAGGGUGACGGACCAAGGCGAGUGAAAGACAAAAGAGGCAACAUGAGGGCACCCACCGUAAAAGCCACAGAGGGCCUGUCCCUGCUUGGGGCUUAUGAAGACAGUGAUGAGGAGGAUGCUGGGGUUUCUCAGCGUGCUGCUGCAACUACCAAACAUAAUCAAUCGGCAGACAUCGACAGCACGUUGGCUAACUUCAUGGCGGAAAUUGAUGCCAUCACAACUCAGCCAAGCUCGGAGGAUGCACCUGCCUCAUCUGUGCCAGCAACAACACAAGCCAAAUCACAGACCAACGCCCAACAAACCGGUCAAGGAAAGAAUGCACAAAGUACAGAAUUCGAGUACAACACUCAGUGCUCUCUAGCUGGAGCGGGAGUUGAGAUGGGAGACUGGCAGGAGGUUUGGGAUGAUAACUCGGGCUGCUAUUACUACUGGAACACUCUGACCAACGAGGUGUCAUGGGAGCUCCCAAAUUAUCUUGCUGAUCAGGUGCAAACUUUGAAUCAGUUUGGCAACAGCAAUACAAGCUCAAAUGGGAAUGGAACAGACCAUGCAGCCUAUUAUACUGCUGAUGCAGCCACAUCGGCACCAGAGUCUGUGAAAGACACCAAAGUCAAGGAAGUACAAGAGAGUGUUGUCGGCCUCACAAGUGAGGAGGAGGAGCGCCGCGGGGUUGCUGCGUCGCUUCUCGGCCCCCUGAUCCCCACUGAAGUGAAGGAUGCUGAGGAGAAAUGGAGGAAGAGAUUGCUUAAAACCGUGACAGACACAGAGAGUGGCGUGGACUCUGAAGGGGAAGGAGUCCGAUCCGUAGGAUCACCAGCUACUCCUUCGAGAGAUGCGGACUCCAUUUCAGCUGCGGACAAAGAUCCGGAUUCAAAGAAACAAGAAGAUGGCUCAAAUGGCGCUGAGGAGGCAGAGGAGGAUACAGUGGAUCUGGAGAUCGCUCUGGAACGCAAAAAGGCAGAGCUGCGCGCACUGGAAGACUGUGACGGAAGCGCAGGUGGGUCCAGUCCAGCAUCAGAGACCGGCCACGAUGCUUCUGGCCCAAAGAAGAAAGGUUGGAAGACGGCCUUCAUCACCGCCCCCAGCCCGGAGUCGGCCAGUCGAAGCUCAGAUGUUCAAGAGAACGCAGAAACAUCGGCUGGGAAAGUCCCUGAAAGCCUGGGCGAAGAGGACUUGCUUGGAGAUGACUCGGGAGAAAAAUCUGGUUCAAAACCUCCAGUCAAAGAAGUGGAGACACCUGAGCUCAAGUUUCAGAUCGGACAACUUGCCAACACAGUGACUAGUAAAAUGGAGUUCCUAGGCAUAGAUCAGAAGACCAUCUCAAACUUUCAGCUGCUGCUUCUACAAACAGAGACACGGAUCGCUGACUGGAGGGAAGGCGCUCUGAAUGGGACUUACCUCCGCCGUCGGCUACAGGAAGCUGCUGAACACAUAAAAUAUUACGAACUUAACGCCAUUCCCAAAGGCUGGUCCUGCCACUGGGACAGAGAGCACAGGCGAUACUUUUACGUCAACGAUCGGACUGGCGCGUCCCAGUGGGAAUUCCCAACCGAGGAUGACAAGGCAGACUCAAAAGAUUCCCAGGCUCAAGGAAAUGGCAAAUCCUCAGCGUCAGUAGGCUCAACUGGGACUCCAGCGCCACCAUCAGUGCCUCCGCAGCCCAGCGCAGCAUCCCACUGGUCACCCAAUCAACCCCCGCCUCCCGAAAGCCCGCCGCCUCCUCCCCCUCCCCCGCCGGCAUCGCCGCCCCCACCUCCUCCCCCGCCCGACGGCGAGGACAAAAUCAUGGAAGUGGAGAUGGAAAUGGACGACGACGAUGACUUUGAGCCGCCGGCUCCCGGCACCGAGGGGGACGGCAGCGAGUCCCCCGGGCUGAACACCAGUGUUGUCGAUCCUCUGGCCCCUCUGGGGAAGGGUCAGAAGCGCAAGGCAGGCCAGAUGAGCAAAUCCAUCACCAUCGGCAGCAGUCCCAUUCUCUACACGCAGUCGGUCGCUGGUGCCGCUCCGGUGAUGGCAGCAGCUUACUGGGGUCUGACUGCUGUUUCUGCUCCAAUGGUGCCCUGUGAGCCUCCACUUCCUCCGGUGUCAGCACCACCGCCGCAGCCGCCUCUGCCGCCCCCCCAGCCACCGUCGGACACCCCUGCACACAAAUCUUUGGCAACAGAAAAGACCAAAAAAAGCAAGAAGGAUAAGCGGGGAAAGACCAAAAUGCCGUCGCUGGUGAAGAAGUGGCAGAGUAUCCAGAAGGAGCUGGAGGAGGAGGAGAAGAGCAGCUCCAGCGACGAGGACAGGGAUGUGCUCAACAAGAAGAGCAUAGAAGAUUGGAAGCUGCAGCAGCUCGUGACAGGAAAAGCAUCAAAGAACGCCAACUUCGAGGCUCUGCCUGACGACUGGAGGGAACGGCUGAAGAAAAGAAAGAUGAACACGUAACAGCAGGAGCUUCGCUGCUCCUUUUACACUUUUGUUACCACCUGUCAACUUUUCUAAGCUCUUUGACGUAAUCAUCAUCAACAUUUUGUUUGAACAUGGACUUGACUGAGCCAAAGUGCCAACAUUCAUGACGUCGGAGUUUGUGAGAAGCAGACGCCAUCUUGAACUACAGUCUCUUUUAACGUGUUUUUUUUUUUUUUUUUUACUACUCUGUACAUAUAGGGCCUGCUUGGAUAUGCCAAGAUUUUGAAGGGAAGAAUUUUGGAAUGUGUAUAUUUGUAAAAAGUUAUUAAACUGUUUUCUUUUGUGAAAUGUUUGUCUGAAUUUUUCUGUUUUCUUGAACUUGAAUCUCCAUUUAAUUGUUUCUAUAUAUUGUUGCUUGCAUGACAUUCAAACUGUAGAUUCUCUUUUGGGAUCCACUGAAAUUGAGUGUUUUUCGUAGCGCCGUUUGUGGGCCGGUUGCCUGGUAACUGCGUUCACGUUCCAUCGUCAAACCGCUGCUCGGGUUUAAAAGCCUUCCAGAGCUGGUGUCGUCAUGGCGACGCAAUCAAGGUGAGCGCCUUGGUGACGACGUUCGCCGUCAGAAAUUGAAAGUUCUCCUCUGACACACGGAUAAAAUAAGACUGAAUUUAUAAAAGCGUGCGUGGUGGAGACGACCACUGCUAAAUUUAGUUUCCAUGCCAGUAGUGACGCGGUGAAGCGCGGAGUCCGACAUGCUACAAUUAGCUCGGUUGUAGCAAGUUAGCCGACUUUAGCUAAAGCUCGUUCGAAAGCUUCUACUGUGCAUAACGCAACUUUCAUCCAUGUUUAGCAGAAACGAGGUCUCCAGAAAGGACAAUCCGAGCUCCACACAGGU